AAUUUUACUUUUACAUAUAACAUAUAUGCCUCACCAAAAGGUUCCUACCCAGUGGGGUUUUCAUUUUUCAAUAGUACAAAAAGUCGGCUGACGCGUCUGAUUCGAUUCUCCCAUCUUUUAUUUAUUCUCUCUUGCUACAUAUUCAUGGGUCGUGAGUCAUGAGUCAUGACCAUUGUUUUGAUCGCCUAGCUUCUAACAAACGAAACAAUUUUGGGUUCCAAAUUUUCCGUACAAUUCCUCCAUGACCAGUUCGCCGAUCCCGGUGGAUCUCUUUGUGUCGAAAAAACAUCCUGGCCUUACAGGUGGCGAUCUGGGGUUCGCCGACGCCUCUGGUAAUGUUAUUUUCAGAGUCAACCGUCAAUCCUCACCUAAAAAUAAGAGGCUAUUCCUCGAUUCCACGGGAAACCCCCUAAUCUCCAUCUACCGUUACCGCAAUGGGUCGUGGCAAGGCUUCACGGGUGAAGACGAUCAAAAGCAGUGUAUAUUCAGAGUGCAGAGGACGGUGAACAAGCUCACCAGAACAGAGUUAGAGGUAUUUCUUGUUGGUGAGAAUGGGGAAGACUCAGCCUUUACGUUAAAGGUGAAAGGUUGUUCUUUCCAGAAGUCCUGCACUAUCUGCAGAGGCAAUGAUAUUGUGGCUCAGGUACAAAUAAUUGAUAGCUGUUGCUAGCAAUGAAAACUGAAGCCUCAAUGAAUCAGAUUUUGCUGCGUGUUCUGUGGAAUUUAUUUAAAUAUGCAACAAAGAUUAAAUUGUUUUAACCUUUGAUCAUCACCUUGUGGCCCCAUAAUGUGUUAUUGCUAGAGGUCAUGCCCUGCCAAUGAGGUUUAAGGAUAUAUUAGGUGUGUACCUAUCAAAAAAGGAUAUGUUUGGUGUGUAUUAUUUAUGUACAGACUAGAAAUUAUUGAAGAUUUGUAACAACAGCAUACAUAUGAUGAUGGGACAAAAGCAAUAUGCACUUGGUAUAAAUUUAAUAGCAUUGCUCUUCCUCUUUGCUCAACAA